CCCGGGCGGUGGACGCGGGGCGGUAGCGGGCGGUGCCUGGCGCUCGGGGCGCGCGCGGCAUGCAGUCGCUGAACAUCACCCCGGAGCAGUUCUCCCGGCUGCUGCGGGACCACAACCUGACGCGGGAGCAGUUCAUCGCGCUGUACCGGCUGCGGCCGCUCGUCUACACCCCCGAACUGCCUGGGCGCGCCAAGCUGGCCUUCGUGCUCACCGGCGUGCUCAUCUUCGCCCUGGCGCUCUUUGGCAACGCGCUGGUGGUCUACGUGGUGACCCGCAGCAAGGCCAUGCGCACCGUCACCAACAUCUUCAUCUGCUCCUUGGCGCUCAGCGACCUGCUCAUCGCCUUCUUCUGCAUCCCGGUCACUAUGCUCCAGAACAUCUCCGACAACUGGCUGGGGGGUGCCUUCAUUUGCAAGAUGGUGCCAUUCGUCCAGUCUACAGCCGUCGUGACAGAAAUUCUCACUAUGACCUGCAUUGCUGUGGAAAGACACCAGGGCCUUGUGCAUCCUUUCAAAAUGAAGUGGCAGUACACCAACCGAAGGGCUUUCACAAUGCUGGGUGUGGUCUGGCUGGUGGCAAUCAUCGUAGGAUCACCCAUGUGGCACGUGCAACGACUUGAGAUUAAAUAUGACUUCUUAUAUGAAAAAGAACACAUCUGCUGCUUGGAAGAGUGGACCAGCCCUGUGCACCAGAAAAUCUACACCACCUUCAUCCUUGUCAUCCUCUUCCUCCUGCCUCUUAUGGUGAUGCUUAUCCUGUACAGUAAAAUCGGUUAUGAGCUCUGGAUAAAGAAAAGAGUGGGAGAUGGCUCGGUGCUUCGAACUAUUCAUGGAAAAGAAAUGUCAAAAAUAGCCAGGAAGAAAAAGCGAGCUGUCAUUAUGAUGGUGACAGUGGUGGCUCUCUUUGCUGUGUGCUGGGCACCUUUCCACGUCGUUCACAUGAUGAUUGAAUACAGCAAUUUUGAAAAAGAGUACAAUGAUGUCACAAUCAAGAUGAUUUUUGCUAUAGUGCAAAUAAUUGGAUUCUCCAAUUCCAUCUGUAAUCCCAUUGUUUAUGCAUUUAUGAAUGAAAACUUCAAAAAAAAUUUUUUAUCUGCAGUUUGUUAUUGCAUAGUAAAAGAAACCUUAUCUCCAGCACGAAGACAUGGAAAUUCAGGAAUUACAAUGAUGCAGAAUAAAGCAAUGUUUUCCCGGAGAGAGAACCCAGUAGAGGAGACCAAGGGAGAAGCAUUCAGUGAUGGCAACAUUGAAGUCAAAUUGUGUGAACAACCAGAGGAGAAAAAACAUCUCAAACAACCUCUUACCUUGUUUAAUUCUGAACUUUCUGAAAAUUCUGCUGUAGGCUGUGGGCAUUAAUUAGAACAUUGUCUUCAUAAUUAAUGCCACUAAUAUCUUAAUCUGAAGAGAAAAUUAUUUUGAGCAAAAGUCAAAGACUUUUUUAUUCUUAGAAUGAUGAAAAG